AUGCCGAGUCAGAAACUGUCAGCGGACACAGCGAAGAAGCUGGGCGAGAGCGCCCUGGGGCCCAAGGGGCUGGUUGAGCGCGUGCGCAGGGACUACAGUCUUGAGCUGGAUACGUGCGGCGCCACCUGGUACGUGCGCGGUAACAACAAAGAACUCGUCGAGAUGGGGGUUGACGCGCUGGACCACCUCGCAAACGACACCAAGUCAACCGCGGUAAAGAGCCUGGGUCCCUAUGGAAGCGUGGUGUGGUCCUUUAGGGACAAGGACGCUAAGCACAUCGUGCACCUCUUUAAGGCGGAGUUAGAGGAGAUAAGGAUGAUCAAGUCUGUGCAGGUGUCUGUGACACCCGAUGACUUCAACCCGAUGCACCUCGAGGUGAAAUGCGACCAGAACGAGUACGAGCUUGUCAAGAAGACAAUGCACAAAAUGCAGACGCGUGUGGCAACAGUCGUGACGGGGUCGGUCAGGGUCCAGACGAGGGAAAAGCCGCUCGCCAAGGAGUUCGAGAAGCGACCCGAUGACGGACAGGUCUACAGUAGACUCAUCUUUGGCAAGGAAAUAAUUUUCUUCGGCAAGAUAUUUGCGCAGGUUCAAGCGGCUAUGGCACAGUGGGAAUCCUUCAGGGAGCAGGGCAUGGAAAAACUGACGGCUCAACUGCCUAAGCGGAACCACAGUCGCGUGCUUCCCAUUCCGAUCUUAAACCUGCUACGGCGUCUGCGCGGCGGCAUCAAGCCGAUCAUAGAGAGGGUCCGCAACGACUUCCUGUUGGACGUGGACUAUAACGAAGAGGAGGAGCAGUUCAAGCUCAUGGGAGACAACCUGGAUGUGGUCCAGAUGGCGUACGACGUGUUAUGCAGCAAAGUGAGCGCUCCUGAUGCAAAGGUCGUCUGCAGCAAGGCGCUCGGCACGCGAGGCACUGUCAUAUGGGCCUUUAAAGACAACCAGGCACGACACUUCAAGCACCUGUUCCUCGAAGAAAGGAAAAUGCUUCAUCAAGUGCAAGGAACCUUCGUACGAUUUUCCCCUAACGAGGCCAAUCCUCUGAGCGUGGAGAUCAAGUGCGAACAGGUCUCGUACGACGUCGUGAACAGCAUAAUGCAGCACGUAGACAACGACAUCAAACUAUGCAAAUCACGCUCUAUUAACCUGGAGGUGGAAGAACAGGGUGCAGCAACAAAGUUUGAAAAGCGACUGGACGACGGUCGCUUUUACUGUAGGAUUCUGUUUUCAGGGAAGGAAAUGACUUUUUUUGGACGUAAUGACGCGAUGGCAACUUCUGGGAUAACAGAAUGGGAGGAGUUUAAACGCCGGGAGCGUAUAAGACAACAACAAGAGGAGCAAGAAAGAAAGAACCAAGAAGAGAACAUGCGGAAAGAACAACAGAAGAAAGAUGAACAGAUGCGAAGAGAGCAGGAGAAAAGAGAAAAAGAAUUUGCGAAACGGGCCAGGGAACAGGAACGGAAAUUGAAAGAGGAGGAGCAAAAAAGAAUUAAACAAGAGCAGAUGCGACUCUUGAAGCAAAAGAAGUCUGUGGAAAACAAGCGCGUCGAAAUUCUAGGGGCGGUAAAAGAGGAUCCUGAAGAAACGACAUCCGCUGACCCGGGCCAAGCGACAGCUCCAGAAAAGACACCCCCAGGUUGUCCCGUUUGUCACGAAGCCUUCACUGAGAUUAUAGCGACCAGCAAACGGCUGCUACGGACGCGCUGUGACCACAUUAUGUGUCAGCCGUGUGCUGCCGCGGCUGUGGCGCAGCAGGGCGGAUGCCCGGUGUGCCGGAAGAGCAUCGCUGCAGAAGACCUCACCUUCGUCACUCUCUUUACGAAUCUCAUUGAGCAAGCGCCGCAAGUAUGAAUAUAAAUGAAAAGCUUAGAGGGGCUGAUUUGUGAAUACACGCUGACUGCCAUAUACAGUAGAUACUUUAUUAAGUAUCUCCUGAAAAGUAAAGACAUUGUCUGCGGUACUGCGGUACUGUGCUCUAACAUUACUUGUUGUCGAUUCUACAUCGUCUCACUAUGAUCGUGAAUUGUACAUGAUAUUUAUUCAACAAUCAUUAUAUU